UCUCCGGAUGAACUUUUGAACUUCACUCCGGGCUAAUCCCCUAUCUGAAUUCGGACGAUUUCUAAAGAACAUCCCAGGGGUUGAAGAUAGGAUAUUUUAUAAAGAACAUUUAAAACUGUCAUCCUUUAUUUCUAAUACUGUGCCAAAUAUGAUGAGAACUGAUAUACAAUGUCUACGUGGAAUUGCUAUCAUAUUAGUUUUCUUGUUUCAUCUUUUACCAAACCUAUUUGUAAAUGGUUUUCUGGGAGUGGAUAUUUUCUUUGUCAUAUCUGGAUUUUUAAUGGCGAAAAUCCUCACAAAGUCGAGUUUGAGAUCGGUUCAAGAUAUUACUGCAUUUUACUUUAGAAGAUUCCGAAGAAUAUUGACAUUGUAUUUAUUUACAAUUUUUUUGACUGUAAUUAUGAUUCAUCUUUAUCUACCAAAUUUCUUAUGGGAAACUAAUAACCGGUAUUCGUUGGCUUCAUUAUUUUUAGUCACAAAUCAACUCGUUAUUCACGACCAGGCAGAUUAUUUCAAUGAGUUUCGUACUUCGUUGUCGUCAUCAAAUGCUUUUCUACAUCUUUGGUCGUUAUCAGUGGAAAUGCAGUUUUAUAUUCUUGCUCCAAUAGUAUUUUUUGGGCUUCAAUUUUUGAAAAAUGAUUAUCUCAAGCUUGUUGCGGUUUCAAUCACCUCUGUCGUUGGUUUCAUAUGUUUCGUUUUAAUAUUUGAUCAAUUUGCAUUCAAUUUCAUGCUUCUUCGUUUAUGGCAAUUUUCAGCUGGAUUUGUCUCUUUAUUUUGGAGUAAAAUUCGAGUCAACCGCCUUCCAAAUAAAAUUGAAGAAAAUGAGACUCGAUUGUUUGAAUUUCCAUUUCUGAAAGAAGACAUGGUUAUAAUACUGAUAGCUGUAAUAGGACUAUGUUUUAUACCUACUAAGUUAGAUGUAUUAAUCUUAAGGCCGUUAGUCACUACGGCUACCGCUUUGAUAAUUGGGUGUGAAUACCAUAAUAACCAGAUUCUAAAAUCUAAAAUUCUUGGAUACAUCGGAGAUAUUUCAUAUGUCAUGUAUCUUGUUCAUUGGCCAAUUAUCACAAUUUUUCUAUCAAAUACUGUGAAAAGCUACAUCUUCUGUACAUCUCUGACAAUCUUGUCGUCAGUUGUACUUCAUCAUACAUUUGAGAAACUGUACUUGAAGUUAAAUUGGAAAUCACUAAUUUGUCUUCUGUUUGCUCUGAUUCAUUGUAAUGCAUAUUUGCAAUACAGUGUCAGAGAGCAUAACUUUUGGAAAGAUCAAAUUCCUGAAGAACUUCAAGAAACCGUGUCUAAUAACCAAAUUAUACUAGCAAAUCAAUUCAAAUUAAAUUAUUGCGUUCAAGGUGACACUAGUAACUUCAAAGAAAACAUAAGAAUUUUUGGAUAUUGCAAGUACCCGCAAGGCCGUGGUAAUGUCUCAAUUAUGACGAUCGGAAAUAGUUAUGCUCUAAGUUUCGCUGAUCUCAUUAUAGAACAAUUCAAAUUAAAUUAUUCCAAUUAUACAUAUGUCUCAAUUGACGAAGGCUAUGGUUUUUUUACCGACUCUCCAGGCUCCAGUUUGGCUCUAAGUGUGUUCAGAAAACUUGUUGCAGAACACAAACCAGAUAUACUUUUUAUUACGCCGAGAUAUUCAUCUUCUCUUCAAUCACGAAUACGGAAGAAUGAUGAUUAUAUACAUCAGAUGAGUGAAAAUAUCCAAUUUUAUGAGAGCAUUGCAAAGAAAAUUUAUAUUUUGGGAUCUCAUCCAUUAUACAACAUAAAUCAUCUUAAUACCUUUUUACAUUAUCUUAUCCAGAAUUCUGAUGAACUGGAGUCUCUUCACCUAAAUCGUUUUAAAUCAGAUGAUGACAUGAGAUGUGUUAAAAAGAGAUUCGAGAAAGUGAAAUGCAAAAAGUGUCAGUUCUUCGAUUUAAGUCACGUUUUUGUCGAAGGCGACAAGUAUCUGACUUUUGAUAGAGAUUCAUUGAUUUCCUACGUGGACAAUACGAUACAUCUCACCAGUGCGGGACUCAAACUUUGUCAGCCUGUUUUCGAGAAUCUGGCAAAGGAAAUUAUGAAUAAUACAAAUUAAUUAAACGCUUAAUUAUUUAUGAAAAACGUUUCGAAUAAAUAAAAAUUGGG